CGGAAGUGCGACCUGCAGCCUGUCAAAGUCGGGGUGUUCCUCGGUGGUCUCUUUCGCCGGCUCCGCAGCGCUCUGCACCCGUUCCCGCGGAGCUGGCGCGGGGGACGGAGGUGCAGGAUGAGCACCAUGUUCGCGGACACCCUGCUCAUCGUCUUUAUUUCCGUGUGCACCGCGCUGCUCGCGGAGGGCAUAACCUGGGUCCUGGUUUACCGGACAGACAAGUACAAGAGACUGAAGGCGGAAGUGGAAAAACAGAGUAAAAAAUUGGAGAAGAAGAAGGAAACAAUAACAGAGUCAGCUGGUCGACAACAAAAAAAGAAAAUAGAGAGACAAGAAGAAAAACUGAAGAAUAACAAUAGAGAUCUAUCAAUGGUUCGAAUGAAAUCUAUGUUUGCAAUUGGUUUUUGUUUUACUGCCCUAAUGGGAAUGUUCAAUUCCAUAUUUGAUGGUAGAGUGGUGGCAAAGCUCCCUUUUACCCCGCUGUCCUACAUCCAAGGACUGUCUCACCGAAACCUUCUGGGAGAUGACACCACAGACUGCUCCUUCAUAUUCCUGUAUAUUCUGUGCACUAUGUCAAUUCGGCAAAACAUUCAGAAGAUUCUCGGCCUUGCCCCUUCACGAGCUGCCACCAAGCAGGCAGGUGGAUUUCUUGGCCCACCACCGCCUUCUGGGAAGUUCUCUUGACCUCAUGCAGAAGAACCCUUUAAUUCUUUUCAUUCUGUUUAGUCCCUCAAUUCAGACUGGCAACUAUUUCGUAGCAAGAACCAUGGGCAGCCAUAGUAUUUGAGCCAUUUUUUAGUUUUGAAUUACUUCUCAGUUUUUUGGAUAUAAUGGUAAUGAGAAUGGCACCAACAAAUAAGAUGGUGCUUUUUCUUUUGUAGGUGGAUUGAUUACUUAAGUUCUGUUGAUUUUUUUUUUUUUACAUAAUCAAAAACAAAUAUCUUUCUUAUUUCGCUUACAUACAUGUUUUCUGUGGGACUGACGCUCAAGGCUGUGUGUAUAUGCUAUGUGCCAAGGAAGCUGACUCUUACACGCAAUUAUGAGAGCUUGAAGAACAAUUUAGUUUGUAUAACUAAACUUAAUUAGAACUAUUCAUUGUGUUUUUUAAAAGCUAAAUAUAUCAAUUGAGAUCAAUAAAGAGCCAAAUUUUUAGCUA